UAGUCCUUAACCUGUAUCAGUCACUCUAUAAAUCCACCCUCCCUGACUCCAAAUUUGUCUCUAACUCGGGUUUCUAUGUUAACCUUUCUCUGAGUUCUUUUGCUUUUAUUUUACACGACGUCAUUCUUAACUUUCACGAGAUUGCUUAGUUUAACUUCACUUUCGUGAUUCUUAGUUCUUACUUGAUUAGAUUCUAUAAAUAGGACACUGAGCAGUUCUUGUUGUAAUUGAACAACAAGCUAAGCUUUUGCUUCUUUGUGUCAGUUGAGUUCUAGAGAAAAAUGUGUGUUUUUUUGGUGGGUGAGUGAUUUUUACAUUGUAGGUGCUGAAUUUAGUGGAAAUUAGGGGUUGUUCUAUUGGGUUUCUGGAUAAAGAAAUGGAGAGCUCGGUGUUCUCUGUGUUUUUCAUGCUAAUGGCUUCUGGGUUCUUUAUUCCUGGUUCUGUUGCUGGGAAGUACUGCACGAACACUCUGAAUGAACUCUCGUCCCACACUUUACGGUAUGAACUCUUAUCGUCGAAGAACGAAACAUGGAAAAAUGAGGUGUAUUCCCACUCCCACUACCAUUUGACCCCAACUGAUGAUUCUGCAUGGAUGAAUCUGCUUCCUCGGAAGAUGUUGAGAGCGGAGGAGGAGUUAAGAUGGGCGAUGAUGUAUCGGAGAAAGCACACGGCGGAGGGUAAAAUUGGCCAUAGGGGACGGAAUUUCCUCAAGGAAUUAUCAUUGCACGACGUGACAUUGGACCCAGAUUCAAUGCAUGGGCAGGCACAGCAGACGAACUUGGAGUACUUGUUGAUGUUGGACGUUGAUAGAUUAGUUUGGAGCUUCAGAAAGACAGCAGGCUUGGCGACACCAGGGACACCCUACGGAGGAUGGGAGGCUGCAGACGUAGAGCUUCGGGGUCAUUUUGUAGGACAUUACAUGAGUGCUUCAGCGCAAAUGUGGGCUAGUACUCACAAUGAUACUCUCUACAAGAAAAUGUCUAUGGUGGUUUCUGCACUUGAUGCUUGUCAGAAGAAAAUGGGCACUGGCUACCUUUCGGCUUUUCCAACUGAGCUAUUUGAUCGUCUUGAAUCUCUGCAACCAGUGUGGGCACCAUACUACACCAUUCACAAGAUAAUGGCGGGCCUUUUGGAUCAAUAUUCACUGGGGGAAAACCAUCAAGCUUUACAUAUGGUGGUUUGGAUGGCUGAGUAUUUCUAUCACCGUGUGCAAAAUGUCAUAUCAAAAUACUCUAUUGAACAGCACUGGAGGUCAAUGAAUGAUGAAACUGGUGGCAUGAAUGAUGUCCUUUAUAAACUGUACAGCAUUACGGGAGAUCAGAAGCAUUUAGUAUUAGCUCACCUUUUUGACAAACCAUGCUUUCUAGGUCUGCUUGCAGUAGAGGUUGAUAGCAUUUCUGGUUUUCAUGCCAAUACACAUAUUCCAGUUGUUAUUGGAUCUCAGAUGCGAUACGAAGUGACUGGCGAUCCACUUUAUAAGGCAAUAGGUACAUUUUUUAUGGAAAUUGUGAAUUCUUCUCAUGCUUACGCAACAGGGGGGACAUCUGCUAGUGAAUUCUGGAGAGACCCAAAACGGUUAGCAACCACUUUAGGCAAAGAAAAUGAAGAGACCUGCACGACCUACAACAUGCUUAAGAUUUCUCGCAACCUGUUUAGAUGGACAAAGGAAAUGGCAUAUGCAGAUUAUUAUGAAAGGGCUUUGACAAAUGGUGUGCUUAGCAUCCAGAGAGGAAGGGAGCCUGGAGUGAUGAUCUACAUGCUACCUCAGGAACCUGGGGCUUCCAAAGCCCGAACUUAUCAUGGUUGGGGAACAAAGUUUGACACUUUUUGGUGUUGUUAUGGGACAGGAACCGAGUCAUUCUCAAAGUUGGGAGAUUCCAUAUACUUUGAGGAGGAGGGGAAAACUGCAGUAUUAUAUGUCAUCCAAUUCAUAUCAAGCUCUCUUGAUUGGAAAUCUGGACAAAUUGUGCUAAAUCAAAAAGUAGAACCUGUUGUUUCGUGGGAUCCUUACCUUCGAGUGACAUUUGCAGUUUCUAAAAAAGGGGGGCCAGACCUAUCCUCAAUCUUAAAUUUGCGGAUCCCACUUUGGACGUAUUUGGACGGUGCCAAGGCAACAUUAAAUGCACAGGAUUUGCCUCUACCAGUACCAGGUAAUUUUCUGUCAGUUAAUAGGAAAUGGAGUGAUGGUGAUAAAUUGACUCUGCAACUUCCCAUUGGCUUAAGAACAGAGGCCAUAAAAGAUGACCGACCUGAGUAUGCUUCUAUUCAGGCAAUCCUUUUUGGCCCCUACCUUCUAGCUGGCCUUACCCAUGGGGACUGGGACAUCAAAACAGGAACAGAAAGUUCUCUCUCCGACUGGAUAACUGCAAUUCCAGCCACAUACAAUUCCCAGCUGAUCUCUCUUUCCCAGGAAGCCAAUGAUACCACCUUUGUCUUCACAAAUUCCAAUCAUUCAAUUACAAUGGGGAAUUUGCCAGAGUCUGGCACGGAUUCUGCUGUUCAUGCCACCUUCAGACUUGUACCCAAAGACAUGAAUUCCUCUGAUUUCUCAUCACCAAUGGAUGCUGUUGGCAAGUCAGUCAUGCUAGAACCAUUUGAUCUCCCAGGAAUGGUGGUGGUGCACCAAGGACCAAAUAACAAACUUGGUGUGGCAAAUGAUGACAAUGACUGGGGGUCAUCUGUGUUCCGGGUGGUUGCAGGAUUAGAUGGGAAGACCAACACCAUUUCGUUGGAAUCAGAAAGCCACAAGGGGUGUUUCUUGUAUGGUGGAGUGAACUAUAAUGCCAGUACAAGCAUUAAACUUAUCUGCCAGUCAGAGUCUACCGAUGUUGGAUUCAAGCAAGCAGCAAGCUUUAUAUCGAAAAGAGGCAUGGCUGAGUAUCAUCCCAUCAGCUUUAUGGCAAAGGGGGAAAGGAGAAAUUUCUUGCUGACACCAUUGGUGAGCUUAAGAGAUGAAUCUUAUACUGUUUAUUUCAACAUUCAUGCUUGAACUAGGCAAGGGUUUUGUUUAUUUCUUGUAUAUACUCAGUGGUAUGCAUAGCACUAGGA